GGGUGGAAACCCUCGCUUUCUCUCUCCUCUGCCUUCUCUUCAUCCUUUCCCCGCACUCCACAUCCGAAUCGGCGCUUAUCCGAAUUCGACCAUGAAUCAGACGAUCCACCAGCCCAUAAAUUCAUAGUGUCCGCGGCAGGCUGCAGAUGGAUGCCGCAAGAGCAGCACCACUUGCUGCUUCCGACGGCCAAGGCAGCCUUAGCGGCCACAUCCUACCCAACUGGAUGAUACGGGAGGGGUUGUAUGAAGCGGCCGCGGAGAUCAACCGCAGCUACAAGCGCGCUCGAAUCCCCGCCUCGAGCAAGGCCAUCAUGGGCCUGCAGGAGGUGAGGGCCGGCGACGCGAGGCUGCAGGCGGAGUGCGCCGUGUGCCUGCAGGAUUUCGACGCGGAGGACAAGCUCAGGGCGAUGCCGUGCUCACACGCCUUCCAUCAGGACUGCAUCCUCGGAUGGCUCCGGGUUAAGCGCGUCUGCCCUCUCUGCCGCCACGCACUGCCCACGCAGCAGCAGGACGACGACGACGACGACGAAAAUUACCAGCAGGCGAGCAUGCCGGUGCCAGAGGAGGCCUAAACCUGGAAGCAGCAACAACAUCUAGAUGUCUCUGCGUCGAUCUGUUCCAACUAGAGUUGUACUCUGAAACUAGUGCUGUUUUUAUCUUGUCUUCAGUGUAAAACUAAACAAGAAGCACAAAUGUCAUGUUUAUUUCUUGAUAGAUAUAUCAAAGCCCGUAUUAUUGUUUCUGUGACAUGUUGCUAUUAGACGAGCCCUAAUCGUCUGUAUCAUGAAGUUGUAUCAUAAAACUCUACCUCACAUGAUAUCAAUGAAGAAUUUGUCUUCCCAA